AUGGUUGAAGAAAAAACAAAUACGGUUUGUCUUCGUUGGGUUGACAACCGACCUGUCAGCCUGAUAUCGUCAUACGUUUGUGCAGACCCAGUUGGACAAGCGAGACGUUGGAACAGAAAAGAAAAAAAAUAUGAAACUGUUGACAAACCUGCCAUUGUCGAAGAGUACAAUAAGUUUAUGGGUGGCAUAGAUCUUCUCAACAUGUGCACAUCCAUGUACAAGCACAACUUGCGAUCGGCUCGAUGGUAUUUAUACCUCUUCUGGUAUUCUGUUACCAUUGCUUUGGUAAAUGCCUGGUUUGUGUACCGAAGGUAUCAUGGUGAAAUUGGCACAGAAAAGAGAAAAAUCAUGAGAUUGAGAAAGUUCCAGGCAUUGUGUGCCCAAUCACUGACGAGUGCUGGAAAAGAGAAAAAGAAACGUGGGCGUCCGUCUGAGGAAGACCGGUCGUUACACCAAUCUCCACCGGUGAAACGACCAAAAUCCUCCAAAUUGGUCGCACCUGAUGUUCGGAGCGACGAAUACAACCAUUUCCCAACAUGGGACAAAUCUCGCCAGCGAUGCAAAUUAUGUCCUGCAGCAAAACCGUUCUUUAGCUAUGUGAAAUGCCAAAAAUGCCAAGUCCACCUCUGUUUGAACAAAGACAGAAAUUGUUUUUACGCAUUUCACUAG